AUGGGCUGGGGAACCGGCGGAGAAAACGACAUGUCGGCGAACUCUCGGAUAACCGGCGGAAGUUUCGACGAAAUAGUAUUGGUCAGACAUUCCGGCGGUUGUCCGAAAGUUCGCCGACAGGUCGUUUUCUCCGCCGGUUCUCCAGCCCAUUUCUCUGAGUAGGCGAGCAGCGUGUUUUCUAUUCUGCAGCGCCUUUUCGCGUCAUCGCGUAAGAUUAAAUGUUUGCGGACCAGUUGGUGUUGACACACACUUUUAAUUUUUUCGUUCUUUCUUUAGGUUUGGGAUAAGAAAUACCUGAAUUCAAGUGUGAAAAAUUGAAAAAUUUAAAUGAUAAAGUUUUAUGUAACAAAAAACGAACUAUAUAAAUAAAUCUUUAUUAAUAAAUAAUGGGGUGAUUCAGGUCGAAAAAAAAACUAAAAAAAAACAUUUUGUUUACAAAAAAAUUCGAUUCAGCAAAUGUCAAAAAACUCUAUUUUUUCCACACAAAAAUGAGAGAUAUCUCGCAGCGAAAAUGUUUCAAUGAAAAAAAAAUGUCAAAAAAUGUCGAGAAAUAGAAAAAAAAAUAUAGUUUUUUGACAUUUGCUGAAUCGAAUUUUUUUGUAAAAAAAUGUUUUUUUUUUUAGUUUUUUUUCGACCUGAAUCACCCCAUAAUAGAAAGUCGUGUCUUACAAAAACAUUUUUUGAAAAACCGGCUGAAAAUUAACAUCAGCAGAAAGACCAUAUGAAAAUAUACAACAUAAAGAUUGUCAGGAUCCGAAUGAACUUCUUAACUGAGUUAUAGAGCUCCGAAUAUCACAAAUCGAUAAUUUUGGCCAAUAAAGAACGUCAUUCUUCGAUUCAAACUCAACGUUUCCUGUCAACUUCAGAAAAAAUAUCGUCAAACUCUACCAAGCUCCAAAAUUUGAAUUUAGAAAGAAGAAGAGUCGGAUGUUACUGUUGAAAUAUGAGUGCCUAUGAGUGCCAAUUGAUCAUCUUUUGAGCCAUCAAACAUAUACAACCAUCUCCAAUGAGCCAUUUGACUCAAAACUCCUCCUUCUUCCGGAAACCCCACUUCUAUGAACAAUUUCACCAAAGGGAAGUUUGCUAGCGGAGAUUCGUUAGACCAACUGGGUUUUAUUACAGAAUUGUAAAGAAAAAAUAUCAAAAAUGCAGAAGAUCUGAAGUUUCAGUAUCUGAGAUUUUGAAAAGUGAAUUGUCAGAGAAAAUGUGAAAAAAAUUAGAUUUCUUUCAAAUUUUGAGAAAGUUUUAUAGCCCAAAAAAAAACACUACAAUGUGUUUUAUUUUGGAAAAUUUUAAAACCAAAAUGGGUUUGAAAACUGUUUCGUAAAUAGAAGAACGAAGGCUGUAGGAUUACAAAUAAUUUUUAUAGAAAAAUUGAAGUGACAAGCUAUUUGUGUGUGAUAAAUACAUAAAUAAAAGUUUAAUGAACACGCCAGAUUCAGAUCCUGAAACUACACAAUGCACAUUUAUAGGUAAGCUAGUUUUCAACGCAUAAUGUUGCCAAAAGUAAGGCGACUUCAAAGUAACAGAUUCCUGAAUGAUGUAUGUCCAUUAUAGGUCACAUAACAUUUUUUAAUUAAUUACGUUGGAAAACUUCCAAAAAGUUAAUUUUUCAAAAAAAAAUCCAUGGAUUUCACAAUUCUAAUUUUAUGAAACUUUAUGAGAUAUUACUGUAGAAUAUUAAAAAGGUAGAUACGGACUUCAGCACAACAAGAAUGAAGACCGGCGUUAGCCGGUCGUUUCAUUCUUGUGAAUUAAAUUUUUUGAUUCGAUGUAAAUAAUUUUUCAAAUUAAUAAUUAUUAACGUGACAUAAAUACGUCAUAAAAUCCACAUAUAUUUUAUCUUGAUAAAAUUAGUAUAAAAGUGUUGACUACGCUCAUUCCAAGCAAUCUUCAAUUCGCCUCACCAUGAGAUAUAUCCAAACUCAUUCAAAUGUCAAGAUUGUCUUCAAUGCUGCUUAUAACAACGAUCUGCUCUUAAUAUUGGAUACGAUAUCAAAACAACCAAUAUGUCUUGAAGUUGAUCCACCAUGCGGAGUUUUGGACCCAAGAGAAGCAGUGCUUUAG